AUGGGUAACAUCAUUAAGUUUUUCUCCAGAUACAUCCCAAUUGGCUUCCGGAAGUUCUUGGGUCAUAAAGAUAUAGUUACUGACAUUUGUUUUUCGCCAAAUGGUAACCUCAUAGCUUCAUCAUCUUAUGAUCGAACAGUAAGACUUUGGAUACCUAAACUCAAAGGAGAUUCGACCGAAUUUCAAGCUCAUUUAAACGUGGUUAGAUCUGUUCAUUUUUCAAAUGAUGGAAAAAAUUUAGUAACAGCAUCUGAUGAUAAAUCUGUCAAGGAAUGGACAGUUCAAAGAAGAAAAUUUGUUUCCAGUUACACGGGGCAUAAAAAUUGGGUUAGGUGCGCUAGGUUUUCACAUGAUUCUUCCAUUAUUGCUUCAGCAUCAGAUGACAAAACUGUAAAAUUGUUCGAUAGAAGAACAGGAAACUGUUUUCAAACUUUUAUCGAUCUCAAAGGAAUGCCACAAAAAGUUGCAUUUCAUCCGAGUGAUAUAUGCAUUGCAGUCGCGUUAACCAACAAAACAAUCAAGUUAUAUGACUUGAGACUAAAUAAACAAUUACAAUUGUACAAAUGUCAUGAAAAAGAAGUUAACAGUGUUGAAUUUCAUCCAUGUGGUAAUUAUUUAUAUUCAGUUUCAGGAGACAGUACUCUAAAGGUAAUCGAUUUAUUAGAAGGACGCCCCAUUUACACUCUCAAAGGUCACGAAGGAUCAGUACUUUCCAUAACGGCAUCAAAAGAUGGUAACUACAUAGCAUCUGGAGGAUCAGAUAAACAUAUACUAGUGUGGAAAGCAAAUUUCGAACUCGUGAAAAAUACCGAUUCAUUCCUUAAAGACGAAAUGCAAUCAUUAGAUAGUAAAUUAUUACAAUUUAAAGAUGUGUCACCCGAACCUGAGGAUUCGUUUAAUUUUGACAAUUUUUUACUUUCCGAAAAUAAGGAAAACGAUCCGAAAGUUUCCAAUGCAAUAAUAAAUAGAGAGUAUUUAAAUCAAGAGUCAUUGUCAUACCAAGAUAAAUCCAGCAAAAUCGACACGCUCAUUUCAAAAAUAAAUAAUUUAAGUGACGCAAUGUUAAACAUGGACGCGAGAUUAAAAUUAGUUGAAAAAAAAUGCAACGAAUUUUCUGAAUCUUUAAACAAAAUAAAAUCGUAA